AUGGUCUCGUCGCAGCGUGAGCUUAGCACUGUGCAGGCACAGAUGAAGGGACGAUCGCGAGAGGCCAGAGUGCAAGAAUUGACCAUGGAACAAUUGCAAAAAUUAGGUCCAGAGACUCGGCUCUACAAAGCUAUCGGGAAAAUGUAUGACAUUUCGCCUCUAUGGUGUGGAAUUUUUUUCGUACUAAUAUGCAGGUUUAUGGAACAAAGUUACCAGGAUAUUAUGAAUGAGGCUCAAAAAAGACGCGAUGAUGCAUUGGAAGAAAACAAAAUGCUUGAAAAGAAGGUCACUUUUUAUGAAAAAGAGGCGAACGAGGCGCAGACACAUCUUCAAGACCUUGUCAAGUCGCUGGAGAAUGCCAAUACCGUGUGA